GGUGUGUGGGUGUGACGGCGGUGCGCGAAAAGGCGAUCGAAAGCACGUUAUGACGUCGCGCGUGCCGAUUCUUGUGAUUUUGGGAGCAACGGGAACCGGGAAAUCGAAACUGGCCAUUCAACUCGCCCAGAAGUACUGCGGCGAAAUUAUUUCCGCUGACAGCAUGCAGGUCUACAAAGGGUUGGACGUGAUUACAGCGAAGGUAACCAAAGAAGAGCAAGCCAUGGCUCCGCACCAUAUGCUCGACGUCGUGGAUCCCUUGUCGACGUUCUCGGUCGUUGAUUUCAGGAACAGAGCAUUGCCUGUUAUAGACAAGCUCCUGAGUGUCGAAAAGGUGCCAAUAAUCGUCGGCGGGACGAAUUAUUACAUAGAAUCUCUGCUGUGGCAGGUGCUCAUCGAGGAUCCAAAGGAUACCGCGGUCGACGAGCCGUGUUCUUCCUUAGUUUUCGACCGCGGCGAUGGUUUCGUGAAUAUGCGAGGUAGUGAUGUUGUUAAAUCGGAUCGUGCGACGAGUGUUGUCGUGGUUGAUGAUGAAAAUCGUAGUGCAGUGGGUGAAAAUCGGGUGAGUGAUGUGUGCGAAAGUGAAACACAGGAAUACGAAAGUGCCGAUAUCGACGCCCCGGCUUCGAAGAAGAUCAAAUUCGACGACGCAAUCAGCACCGACGAGCUGCACCGGAAGCUCAGAGAAGUUGACGCAACAAUGGCUGACAGAUUGCAUCCGAAUGACCGGCGAAAAAUUAUAAGAUCGCUGCAGGUCUUCGAUCAGUUUGGUACGAAACAUUCCGAAAUUUUAAGGGAGCAGCAACUUGCCGGGGGUUCCGGCCUCGGAGGUCCGCUUCGCUAUCACAACUCCGUCAUACUGUGGUUGCAAUGCGACCAGGCGGUAUUGGACAAAAGACUCGACCACAGAGUAGAUUCGAUGCUGAAGGCAGGAUUAGUCGAGGAACUGCUGGAUUUUCACCGCAGAUACAACGAGGGAAGGAUUAAGGAAAAUGCACUACCCGAUUACACGAAAGGGAUCUUUCAGAGCAUCGGUUUCAAGGAGUUUCACGACUACUUGAUCCUACCCGAGGAUCAGAGAAGCUCCGAUAUGGGUGAAAAACUGCUGAAACUAGGUAUCGAGAAUUUAAAACUACGCACAAGGCGAUACGCUAGGAGGCAGCAGCGAUGGGUGACGAAUCGAUUCAUACGCCGAUUCGACAGGCAGGUGCCCCCGGUUUAUCCCUUGGACUGCACAGACGUAGCUCAGUGGGAUCAGAAAGUUCUGGGACCUGCGAUGUCCAUAAUAACCGACAGGCUUGAGGGUCAAACGCCCAGCCAUAAAUCCCUGAACAACAAUAAGACUGAAAACUUCGCGAUACCUGACAGCAACACCGAGCGAACUCGCUAUUGCGAAACGUGCGAGAGGGUCUUCGUCGGCGACUUUCAAUGGAAGGCGCACAUGGAAGGCAAGAAGCAUCAGAGAGUGGCGAAACGAAAGAAGAUAAACCAAUUGAUGCAGGAUCCAAAGUAGCUGAAAGGAAUCGUACGUGAUGUACAUACAGAGUAAAAGUGAUGGUUGGUACUCAAACUUCAGUUUUUCGAAACCUUUAACCGGUCGCAAUCAACUCAAUGCUCAGGGUUGACUUGAGAAAAAUCUCAGGCUGAGAAAACGGAGUUGAGAAAAACAGGAAUUCUUCAAAUUUAUAAUAUAAUUAUGCAUAUGACGUUUACGUGAUAAAUUUAUCUGUCCGAGAUGGGAUUAGAGAACAAAAUGAAAUAGAAACUUGAUAUCAAUGCAUUAAUCAUCUUUACAAGUUGCCCAGAAUUUCUUUCAAUAACCGAAAAUCUCACGCUUUCAAUGUUUUAAUUUUUUUUUUUCAGUAAUUUUGAAUCCAGAUCUUAUAAAAAUUAUUAUCUCAAGUUGAUAUGACAUGCGUGGAAACGAGAAACAAGAUUCUAAAUCUGGGUCUGAUACGCUUGCCAUCUGCCUUGCGUCAACGCCUCAGUUGAAUGGGGCAAUUUACUAAAGAUUCCUAAAAACAGGAAGCCGUAGGUAUUUUGUGGAAGCAAGGAAAAGGGCGCGGAAGUAAUCGCAGUACUUGACACUUACCGACUCGCUUAAGCAGUGUUAACUGAGUCGGUAACGGUAGAAAAUUUCCGGACCAAAUUUCGCUUUGCUCCGCCCCUUCCCGAACUGCACUAACAAUAAGCUGCAAAAUAACCCCGUUCAGCUGGCUGACUUUAGCAAUCUUCAAUCAACGAUGCGUUUUGUUUAAACAUGUUUUAGAUCAGUUGAUCAACUGAUGAUCUGCUGGUUUGAUCAUCGACUAGAAUUUAUUCGCUUUGUAACCGAUAGUCGGUAAAACAGUGCUGAAAUUCAUUGUAUCAACCCCCGGGAGUGAAUACGACAAUCGAGUACCGUUUGUAGUUAUACAUGUACCGACUGACGAAACACCGCCGGUAAAACAAGGCCGCAUGUACCGUAAGUCGGCAUAUUAACCACAAUCGGAUGGGUAACUCCAUGAUAACGGCAACGGAACUAUUUGGUUUCAAUUCGAAAUAUUAUAAUGUCCGACGACCUAACAGUCUUAAAAAUAUCGUUCGAUUUUCAAGUCCUUUGAAUCAAAUAAAACCCAGUUCUUCUUUUUGGAUUUUUAAUUCAUAUACUAUCAUAAAAAAGAAAAGAGCGAACCAAUUAAAAUAAUAUAUAGUUAUUUCAGAUCUGAAAUAUCAUUUUUCUAAACCAUUGAAAUCAUUGAUGAGUCCAGAGGUACUGUGAAUUGAAAGAAAUUAAGUCGAAAAUGAAGUAGGUAUCAUUCAAUCAUCCGCAUUUAAAUACGUUGGUCAAAAAUCCCUUGGAAACAAACAAGUUUUUUUUUUUUUUUUCGUUGUUAUUGACAUUCUAUUCACCAAAGAAAAUUAUGCUUAAGAAAAAUACCCUGUGGUAAAUGAAUCGUUUAUAGCCUUGCAAAAGUUUUAAAAAAAACCUAGAAUGGUUGAUUCUAUGUCUUGCCAAUUUGAAUCAUGUACGGAAAUUUGCUUUUUUCCAACAACAGAUUUGGCACAGCUCGCAUAUGUGGGAUGUAUGUAUAUGUAUGUAUAUGUAUUGAAAUUUAUUGUAUAUUGUUUGAAUGAAUACCAAAAUAAAUAUAUUGAAUAUUACUGUUUA